AUGCUACAAGAAGAAUUUUAUGUUGAGGUCAACUCUAAAGUCAUUGACCUAACAUUAGGCAGAAGGGCUCCCGCAAAGGGCUUCGAAGAUAAGAAGGGUUGCUCUGCCAUCAAUGAGAUGAUGACCCAAGAAUACGCCAUCAGCAUCCACAAGUGCAUCCAUGGAGUGGAUUUCAAGAAGCGUGCACCUCAGGUAUUCAAAGAGGUCUGGAAGUUUGUCAUGAAGAUGAGCACCCCUGAUGUGUGCAUUAACACCAGGCUCAACAAAGCUGUCUGGACCAAAGGAAUAAAGAAUGUCCCAUAUCGAAUUCAAGCACGUUUGUCCAGAAAGGGGAAUGAGGAUGAAGAUUCACCAAACCAACUUUAUACGUGGGUUGCCUAUGUGUCCAUCACCACUUUCAAAAAUCUGCAGACAGUCAAUGUGGAUGAGAACUAA